UAGAAACUCAGGCCUGUGGCGAAGUGUAGUACAGUAGAGUACAGUACAGCGCUGAUCAGAUGGCUACACGCUACUUCCGCCUUUUGAAUUCCGUCUCCGCGUUCACGUUGUACGUCAAACAGGUCUCUUUCCGGCCUCCGUAGCCCCUGCAAGGAGACCCCGCGGCGCGCUCCGCUCUGAUUGACGUAGGAAAAGAAAAGGCUUGAGAUCGGAUUACAAGAUGGCGGAUAGUGGUUUGUAGAAAGAAGCGGUCGAGAUACACAUUGUUUUGUACCUGUUACCUUCAAUUUUAAUUUCCUCGGCCGGGAAUAUCAGAGGAAGGUUUAUGUUUUCUUCAAAAUAUUACCAUGUUCUAUGAAGAGAUUUAAGCCGAGAUUCGGUGUUUUAGAGCCACGGGCUAGUUCGUAGCGCGUCUGGAACAUGCGGGUGGAAACAAAGUUAGGAGCUCGGGGUUGAGAAAAUCGAGUUCACCGAGAAACGCGGCCGGGGCAGCGGGACGGAAGCGGCGCGAGAGCGGGACGGAAGCCAUGUCGGACACGCGGCGGCGCGUGAAGGUGUACACGCUCAACGAGGAGCGCCAGUGGGACGAUCGGGGUACCGGCCACGUCUCCUCCACCUUCGUGGAGCGCCUGAAGGGGAUCUCCCUGCUGGUCCGAGCCGAGUCCGACGGUUCGCUUUUGUUGGAGUCCAAAAUUAGCCCCAACACGGCGUAUCAGAAACAGCAAGACACCCUGAUUGUGUGGUCCGAAGCAGAGAACUAUGACCUAGCGUUAAGCUUCCAGGAGAAGGCCGGCUGCGAUGAAAUCUGGGAGAAGAUCUGCCAGGUGCAAGGUAAAGACCCUGCGUUGGAGAUUACCCAGGACCCAAUUGAUGAGUCUGAGGAGGAGCGCUUUGAGGAGAUGCCCGAGACCAGCCAUCUUGUGGACCUACCACCCUGUGAGCUCGCUAAGCUGGAGGAGAUUGCUGACCUGGUCACUUCAGUGCUGUCCUCUCCCAUUCGGCGCGAGAAGUUGGCGCUAGCACUCAUGAGUGAGGGCUACAUCAAGAAGCUUCUGCAGCUGUUUCAGGUGUGCGAGGAUCUGGACAACCGUGAGGGACUCCAUCACUUGUAUGAGAUUGUGCGAGGUGUGUUAUUUCUCAACAAGGCGGCCCUCUUUGAGGUGAUGUUCUCUGAUGACUGCAUCAUGGAUGUGGUUGGUUGCCUGGAGUACGACCCUGCACUGGUGCAGCCCAAGCGGCACCGUGAGUUCCUCACCAAGACAGCCAAGUUCAAAGAGGUAAUCCCCAUCACGGACUCGGAGCUGCGGCAGAAGAUUCACCAGACCUACCGUGUCCAGUACAUCCAGGACAUCAUUCUACCCACCCCCUCCGUCUUUGAGGAGAACUUCCUCUCCACUCUCACCUCCUUCAUCUUCUUCAACAAAGUAGAGAUUGUCAGCAUGCUACAGGAAGAUGAAAAAUUCCUGACUGAAGUCUUUGCACAGUUGACGGAUGAAGCAACUGAAGAAGGAAAGAGAAGAGAAUUGGUCAACUUCUUCAAGGAGUUCUGUGCUUUUUCACAAACAUUACAACCUCAGAACAGAGAUGCUUUCUUCAAGACCUUAGCUAAUCUGGGUAUCCUCCCCGCACUGGAGAUAGUGAUGGGCAUGGAUGACCUGCAAGUUCGAGCAGCAGCCAUAGACAUCUUUUCCUACCUGGUCGAGUUCAGUCCGUCCAUGGUGCGGGAGUUUGUAAUGCAGGAGUCACAGCACACUGAUGAUGAUGUCCUGCUGAUCAAUGUGGUGAUUAAGCAGAUGAUCUGCGACACGGACCCGGAGCUGGGCGGUGCCGUACAGUUGAUGGGCUUGCUGCGUACCCUCAUUGACCCUGAGAACAUGCUAGCGCCUACCAACGUAGGCCCACGUCUUCCCCGUACCCCUCUCCAGGAACAUAAAACGGAGAAGACGGAGUUCCUCACUUUCUUUUACAAGUACUGCAUGCACGUUCUCACCGCCCCGCUCCUGGCAAACACGGCCGAGAGCCCAAAAGAUUCACCGGAAGGUUCUGCAAAGAUCAAUCCAGUUUGUCCUGAUAACUUCCAGACAGCCCAGCUCUUGGCACUGAUUUUGGAGCUGCUGACCUUCUGUGUGGAACACCACACCUACCACAUCAAGAACUACAUCAUGAACAAAGACCUGCUGCGCAGGGUGCUGGUGCUCAUGAACUCAAAGCACACCUUCCUGGCACUGUGUGCGUUGCGGUUCAUGCGGCGGAUAAUAGGGCUGAAGGAUGACUUUUACAACCGCUACAUCAUCAAAGGGAACUUGUUUGAGCCAGUCAUAAAUGCUCUGUUGGACAAUGGAACAAGAUACAACCUACUCAAUUCUGCCAUUAUUGAGCUUUUCGAAUUCAUCAAAGUGGAGGAUAUUAAAUCCCUUAUAGCACACAUUGUGGACAACUUCUACAAAGCACUUGAAUCCAUUGAAUAUGUCCAGACUUUCAAAGGCCUGAAGACACGAUAUGAGCAGGAGAAGAACCGACAGAAUCAGAGACUCAGCAGAUACCGUAGAGACACCAGGUCUCUGGAGGAUGAUGAAGAAAUGUGGUUCAAUGAAGAAGAUGACGAUGAAGAAGGAGAGGUCAUGGCGGAAAAGGGAAAGUCAGAGGAAGACUUUCCGGAGAGUUAUGGAAAAUAUAUGGAAGCAAAAAAAGGAGCAGCGAACGGGACCAGUGGCACCAAUGGGAAGUCUGCGGCUACACCUCCCAACCCCUCAAGUCCAAAUGGCUCCUCCGCAAAGUCGGCUGCACUGCCCCCUGCAGCUGUUUCCAAGGCUGGGUUGGUGGGUCUCGUGGACUAUCCAGAUGACGAAGAAGACGACGAAGAGGUGGAGGAUUCACCGCGAAAGCGCCCCCGCUUGGGCUCAUAAGACACGAGGUCCGUCCUCUUGGAGCGAGUCUGGCGCCACUGUUCCAUUGCCCUCUGGACUGAGACACCUCCGCGCCUCGUCCCACUUCCUCCAAUUCUGAUGAUCCCCACUGCCCACCUACUCUGCCCAUCCCUUCCCCAUCUCCUAUCUGAGGAGGACCAGAGGAGUCAGGAACAGUGCCAACAAUCCCUGCUGCCCCCCACUCCCUACCCCUGCACACUCUUGUCACACCUUCAGGAACAGAGCACAUCCUGUUUCCUGAACCAUUUUAGGCAUGGAGCAGGGGAUGAUGGGAAGGCCAGUCAAGCUAGCAGGACUAGCAGCUUAGUAAUGGAAGCUUGAUUGGCUUACCUUAAAAUAGCUACAGAUGUUGACACUUGAAGGGGGAACUAUGCAGGGGGGGAAGGAAAAAAGAUCUUAGUUCCAAGGAGCAGGACUCAAAAUUUUUAAACUGUCUCCAGUGUUGAGACUCAUGUAGGAACUGCAUCAGCCAGGAAUCUUGUAUUCAUAAUUUUAUUAAAAGUACUGUAAAGUGUGUUUCUUUUUUUAAUCCUUUGCCUCCAAUGAUUUGAAAAGGGAGAUACAUUAGCCCUCGUGGGACCACUGUUGAUCCUAAUUUUAAUUCAGAUGUUUUCAUUUGUUGUAGUAGGAAAGUUGCUAUGCUGGUUUUAAUUAAACGUAUGAAGUGCAGUAAAGGUUUGCUGCCGUGUUGGAGGAAUUCAGUAAGUUUUCAGCGUUAGGCCGCUUCAUCCUUCCUUCAGAAGCACCUUGUUUCCUCUGCCUCCCUCAUUUCAUUUCACAAUGUUCAUCUGUUCAGGGAAGUGUUUUAUCAGGUGCGGACAAGGGUGCGUUUGGCCUUUUGACGCUCUGUGGUGCUCGCACACUUCACUGCUCCUGGGUGGGGAUGCAUGUUCUGCUUCAACCAAAAGGGGGCGACACUAAUGGCAGCGAUGGCUAGCUGUGGGGUAGGUGGAACUGAGUUUAGCGCCGGUUGUUAAACAAUAGCCAUGGUAAAUCUGCAGACAUUCCGAUGGACAAAAUUUUUCAACUGUCACAAGAACUGUGAGCAUUUCAGUGUAAACAAGGUGUGCUGAAUUUGGGAGGAUAUACACAGUAAAUGAACAUUUUGAGAUUUUUUUUUUCCUCCGCACUCUGUCCAUGAAUUUUUGUACAAUUGCAUUUACCACUAUCUCAGUUCUACACCAUUUGUAUACCAUUUGAUAUUUGAAAUGUUUAAAAUUAAACGUGACCCUGGCAUUAAAUAUGGUAAGCUAGUUUUUUUUUUUUUUGUCAGAUCACUAUGGAACACAGGGUCCCUGGGAGGGGCACUUUUUUCAGGCUGUCAUCACGUCUUUCUUUUUCUUGUCACUUGUUCUGGAACAUCCACACUGUCAUUUGGGUCACACUGGAUAAUGUAUAUGCUGUUUGUGAAUGUACAAACGUUGAGUGCUGUCGCUACAGCAGGGCUUGAGGGCAGAGCCGAAGAGACGGCUGUCAGGGGCAUUAGGAGUUGCGCUGCUCAGCUGGAUGCGAGUGCAGGGUCAUGUGGCUCUUUGUACGCACCGCUGCCCUAUUAAUCUACCCUUCUGAGGUGAGUUACACCGCUGCUCUCCUAGUUUCACACUUUCUUCUACAGUGAGGGUCUGUUUUGUUAACUAAUGGUUAGUUUCCACCAGCAGACACCUCCACCUGUGCUGUUCUGCAAUGUUAACUUGUGGACAUUUAGACAUUAAGCAGCAAAAGGGGCAGAGCGUUGGUACCUCACAGUGCCUGAGCUGCUCGUUCAAAUUCAGCUUAGGAUGCACAGUCUUUGGUUUCCCUGCAUUUGUAACCCUGUGACAUGUCAAUGUUGAUGCUUUGCUCCUAC